CAUAUCUCUCUCUGUUUCUCUUUCUUUGUGUUCUGGGGGUUUCUCUUUCUUGGAUCCUCUUGGUCUUCAAUUCAACUAGUAAAUAAAAGUUCAACUACUCUCUCAAAGAUUUGUAAGGAAAAUGGAGGAGAGAUUGUGGAGGUGAUCCAGUUGAAGAAUUUGGAGCAAAAAGGAAGCAGAAGAAGCUGAUUCAGCCUUUUUUGCUUUCAUUAGCUUUUCUGAAUUAGGGUUUACACUCAGAUCUCAAGAUGUAUCUUGUAAAAGGUGACAUAUAUGUUAUUCGUUCAUCAUAACUGAAUCAUUGUAGUUUGUGUCAUCAACUAAUUAAAUAUACAUAGAGAGGAACAGAAAGAUGAUGAGAGGUUUUGUGGUGGAUGAGAAUAUGUCCAAUUUGACUUCCACAUCUGGUGAAGUAAGUGCUUCUUCAGGAAUUGAAACUGGUAACAUGUACCCACAACCGUCUUUUGCUUCAUCAAAUCAAGCAGCACCACCCCCUCCAAAGAAGAAGAGAAGCCUUCCAGGCAAUCCAGCCCCAGAUGCUGAAGUUAUAGCUUUAUCACCCAAGUCACUGUUGGCUACCAACAGAUUCAUAUGUGAGAUCUGCAACAAAGGGUUUCAAAGGGAACAGAAUCUGCAACUUCAUAGAAGAGGGCAUAAUCUGCCAUGGAAGCUGAAGCAAAAAACAGACAAAGAGGUCAAGAAGAAGGUGUAUGUGUGUCCAGAACCCAACUGCGUGCACCAUGACCCAUCAAGGGCUCUUGGAGACCUCACUGGGAUCAAGAAGCACUUCUGCCGAAAGCAUGGUGAGAAGAAGUGGAAGUGUGAGAAAUGCUCAAAACGUUAUGCCGUUCAAUCAGAUUGGAAAGCCCACUCCAAGAUUUGUGGCACCAGAGAGUACAGAUGUGAUUGUGGAACCCUUUUCUCCAGAAGGGACAGUUUCAUCACCCACAGAGCCUUCUGCGAUGCUUUAGCAGAGGAAAGCGCCAGGGCAAUCAAGGCGGCCAACCCACUUCUCCCCUCCGCAGAACCACCGGCCGCCGGCUCUUCCUCAUUGUCCCAUUUGGCCAAUCUCCACCAACCCUUUUCUGUGAAAAGAGAACGGGAUCAUCUUUUUAGUGGAAGAACAGACAGUGUUCCGCAGUGGAUAGCUUAUCCGGGUCCUCCUCAGCCGCCGUUAGAUGUUUCAUCGUCACAGUUGUUUGCGGCUGCAGGUUUUGUAAACCCUACCUCCAACCCUAUCUCUGGGCUUCCUCCAUUUCAGGCGGCGGUUUCCGCGCACAUGUCAGCUACUGCCCUCCUACAAAAGGCGGCGCAGAUGGGCGUCACAAUGAGUAAACCUUCACCCUUGUCUGAAACCACUGCACAUGAAGACAUCGGAAGUGGGUUGACGUUUCCUGAUCACGGAGUGGCAUCUUUUGGCGGGAGCAAAGCUACCGUCAACUCCAGUUUCAUGGAACAGGUAACUGCAGGCGCUGCAGCUGCUGAAGGAGCAGCAGCAGCAGCUGCCGCUCAGUCUUUCCUCCACGAUAUGAUGGGUUCUUCGCCCCCGCCAGGUGGUUUUGCUGACUCUUCUACACCUUUUCAUCAAGGUUUCACUUCGAUGAUGAAUCCUGGGAACAAAAACAGUAAUUUUCAAGAAAAUCUCCAGAAAACAACUGAAUCUCAAACAGGUAGAGGAGGAAACGAGGGCUUGACAAGAGAUUUCUUGGGACUGAGAGCUUUUCCGACGGGGCUUAAUACCAUGAAUAAUCCUUCUUCAGCAUAUGGGCAACACAACCAGCGGAGUCAAAUGCCAUGGCAAGGUACUUAGGUUAAUUAAGCUGCAAGGCAAUUGAUUUUAGAUCUUCUUCUUGGAAGGAGUUUUUCCAUACAUAUAUUUCAGUCUUUUGUUCUUCUCAUGAGACUGAUAGGGAGAAGAAAGCAGAACUGCAACUUAAUUGCUUUCCAUGAAAAUUUUAAUAUAUACAGUAUCAAUAC